UGAUAACGAAGCAGUCUGUGAGGGAGAAAAUGUCGUUGAUUGCAAUACUUGUAUCACUAUUGAUGAUUUGCAAGAAGCGCAGAGGGUGACCAGACCAUACGUGCGAAGCCUUGAGGAGCUACCUGCUUGCCGAAUCUCACAUGACUUGGAAAGUGAUACUACUGAGUCGAAGACUGCUUCAAAAGUCAAACUGUCAACAGCCAAGGAGUAAGCAGCUGAAAUCCAUACCAAUUCCGACAGAGCAGAACUAGUUGCUAGCAUGGAACCCAUUGAAUCUCCUACAACUGAAAUCACACUACAAGAUGAAGAUAGUCUCUUCAUUCCCAGCCCUCAUGGAUUUAUCAUCACAGUCCCCGGGAAGAUGCAUAUUUCGUUCCAAGAGCGACGAGAAUCUCGAUAUGCCACGUCGACCGAGAAUGCUCUGGAAAAUGCCAGUCUUGGCGUUGAGCACGAUGAGUUUCUGCUUGCUUUGCUUCGGAGAAGAGUUCUUGCGGGAAGAGGAAGGCGAUCUUGGUUCUCGAGAUGCCGUCUUUGAGUUGCAAGCUUUCAACAAGCGACAACAGAAUAUUCAUAUUCCUUCCAGCCGCCAAGUACGGCUCUGGCGACCCUCCCUUGCUCAAAUUACUGAGCGGAGGACUCUUACCGCUGCAAGAACAUCAUCGCAAGGCCCUGGCGCUCCUACUUUCUCCGAGCUGGAAGACAAACGUACAUGUCACCCCAUUCUGGACGCAGAACAAACCGCUCCAUCUUGUCAUUCGGCCGAACGACACUUAUGCAGUCGGCGGGCUGUUCGAGAAAGACGAUUCAGUAAUCGAAGCGCGGAAUUCGGAAGGCUGCUGUUAGCAGCUUGUUCGGGGACGAUGAAUAUGUCGUCUGAUCAGCUAGAGAUUUUGGAUCUGCUGCUGAAGAAGAAGAAGGCUGCUGCUAAUGUGAAGAUGUUGAGGACUGAUAAGACGCUGUUGUAUGUCAUGGUCGCGCUGGGGUUGUUGCAUACGGUGGAGAGGCUCAAUUACUAUACUGUUUAGAUUAGUGAAGAGUGAGAUGCAAGGAGCUUAGGAUUCAAAAUGACUUUCACCUCAUUUGAAAGAGAACGGAUGCAAUGCUGUAAAGCGUUCUCAUUCUUGUGAGCACCGAUAUGUCGUAUUGAGUAGAUGCACCUCCAGCAACAUCGUUUGGAUAUCGAAGUGAACGGUAUCUAGCAUUGGAACCAUGCGGCUCAGUACUAGACUAGGUAGUUCAAAUGUGAUGCAAGAAGAUGAAUUUUGCCUUGCCCUCUCCUAUGAAGUGCUCCAGCGUGAAUAGUGAAAGCGGCCGAGUAACGUAUGUAAAUAAAUCAUGAUUAUGAAAGCUUUGAAGAAGCAGUAUAGAAACGGCAUUGACGACGUUGUCG